ACCCGCCGGGGCUGGGGUGGCUUCGGGCUCCGGCCGGCCCAGCCGCCCGAGCGCUGCGCGGGCCUCGUCGCCCUCGCGGAUCGCCGCGGCCCGGCCGUCCCGUCCCAGGAAGUGGCCGUCCCGAGCGCCAUGGCUCACUCCCCGGUGCAGUCGGGCCUGCCCGGCAUGCAGAACCUAAAAGCAGAUCCAGAAGAGCUUUUUACAAAACUAGAGAAAAUUGGAAAGGGCUCUUUUGGCGAGGUGUUCAAAGGCAUUGACAAUCGGACUCAGAAAGUGGUUGCCAUAAAAAUCAUUGAUCUGGAAGAAGCUGAAGAUGAGAUAGAGGACAUUCAACAAGAAAUCACAGUGCUGAGUCAGUGCGACAGUCCAUAUGUAACCAAAUAUUAUGGAUCCUAUCUGAAGGACACUAAAUUGUGGAUAAUAAUGGAAUAUCUUGGUGGAGGCUCUGCACUAGAUCUAUUAGAACCUGGUCCUUUAGAUGAAACUCAGAUUGCUACUAUACUAAGAGAAAUACUGAAAGGACUUGAUUAUCUACAUUCAGAGAAGAAAAUCCACAGAGAUAUUAAAGCUGCCAACGUUCUGCUCUCUGAACAUGGAGAGGUGAAGCUGGCUGAUUUUGGAGUAGCGGGCCAGCUGACAGAUACCCAGAUAAAAAGGAACACCUUCGUGGGCACUCCUUUUUGGAUGGCACCCGAGGUCAUUAAACAGUCAGCCUACGACUCCAAGGCCGACAUCUGGUCCCUGGGCAUCACAGCUAUCGAACUUGCAAAAGGGGAGCCGCCCCAUUCUGAGCUGCACCCCAUGAAGGUUUUAUUCCUCAUCCCAAAGAACAACCCACCGACGCUGGAAGGAAACUAUAGCAAACCCCUCAAGGAGUUUGUGGAGGCCUGUUUGAAUAAGGAGCCGAGCUUUAGGCCCACUGCGAAGGAGCUGCUGAAGCACAAGUUCAUACUACGCAAUGCGAAGAAGACCUCUUACCUGACCGAGCUCAUCGACAGGUACAAGCGGUGGAAGGCCGCGCAGAGCCAGGACGACUCCAGCUCCGGGGACUCUGACACGGAAACAGAUGGCCAAGCGUCCGGAGGCAGUGACUCUGGGGACUGGAUCUUCACAAUCCGAGAAAAAGAUCCCAAGAAUCUUGAGAAUGGAGCUCUUCAGCCAUCAGAUUUAGAAAGAAAUAAGAUGAAAGACAUCCCAAAGAGGCCUUUCUCUCAGUGUUUAUCUACAAUUAUCUCUCCUCUGUUUGCAGAGUUGAAGGAGAAGAGCCAGGCGUGCGGAGGGAACCUGGGGUCCAUAGAGGAGCUGCGUGGGGCCAUCUACCUGGCAGAAGAGGCCUGCCCUGGGAUCUCUGACACCAUGGUGGCCCAGCUCGUUCAGCGGCUCCAGAGAUAUUCUCUAAGUGGCGGAGGAACUUCAUCCCACUGAAAUUCCUUUGGCAUUUGGGAUUUUGUUUUUCCUUUUUUCUUCUUCGUCCUCCUCCUUUUUAAAAGUCGAGAGCCUUAGCUGACUCCGCCGAAGAGGACCAUCCUGCAAAGCGGCGGGAGCCUGUCCAGGGACACACACGGUCCUCGCUGUGCCGCAGCCAGAUGAAGUCUCUCAGAUGGGGUUAGGGAGUGUCAGCUCCUUCAAGUGAUUGUUUUAUUUUAUUAUUCUUGUUUUUAAUUUUAACCAUAGUGCACAUAUUCAAGGAAAGUGUCUUUGAAAAGAGAAACAAACCCUGAAAUGUAUAUUUGGGAUUAUGAUAAGGCAACUAAAGACAUGAAACCUCAGGUAUCCUGCUUUAAGUUGAUAACUCCCCCUGGGAGAUGGAGAGCGUGCUGGUGGAUCAGUGUACAGAUUUGUAUAUAGUGUCAUUUUUACAGAAACCCUUCUUGCGUGCAUAAGGAAUCACUGUGUACAAAUUGGCCAAGUGCUUCUGUAGAUAAUGUCAGUGGAGUAAAUAUUUGAUAGGCCAUAACUCAAGUCUAUUGCCUUGCCUUUAUUACAUGUAAAUUUUGAAUUAUGUGACCAGUGAUUUGGGUUUUAUUUUGUAUUUGCAGGGUUUGCCAUUAGUAAUAAUUAAUGCCCCUCUGUGGUUCACUCGUAUUUGUACCUCAACACAUGCAAAUUUUCCUCGUUUGCCCCACCACCCUUUUGGUACACUUAGAAGUUGAUUUCCUUUUUCAUUGAUGGUACUAUUUCUUAGUGUUUUAAAUUGGAACAUAUCUUGCCUCAUGAAGCUUUAAAUUAUUUUAAGUUUCUCCCAGAUGAAGCACUCUCAUCUAACAUUUGUUUGGAAUCGUGCCACUGCCGGUCUGCGCCAGGUAUACCGUCCUUUCAAUACGAUUUUCUGUUGCACCCUGUAGUGGAAUCUGCAUAUCAUCUUUCCCACCUAAAAUUGUCUGACUGCUUACACAAAUAAAUUUUAUAAUACACUUACUUUGCAUACUCUCCUUGAAACGUGACUGUGCAGAGGAAAGGGCACCUGCUGUGUCUGUGUGUGUAUGUGUGAUGAGACAGUGCAGAAGACUCCAGGGAAAAGUGCCCAGAUGUCAAAACGCUGAACAUCCAAGUGUGUUCCCUAUGCAACUUGUAACAUUGGUCAUUGAGAAGACGUGGUUUGAAUACUGCUGAUUUGUGAAAUUGCUAUACCUCUUGCCGGGGGCCUUAAGGGUUUAGUCCUCUGAAAGGAGCCAGUGUCCACUAGUGCUGUCAGCCAGGGUGUCUGUUUUUCUUGGCUUGCAGGGCCUUGCUUUGCAAGGGGGGAAAUAAUCUCUGGGUUUCUGGGAUGGGAGGGAGUUCUUGUAGCAAUUGUUGACUGUCUGGUGUAGGUACUUGUGGCAUUCUUUUAUAUUUGUUGAUGCUAAUUAUAAUUAUUGUCAUCUCUUGUGAGAGUACCAGUUCUUUAGAAGGAAGACCAAGGAUUUUGGAAGCAAGGAAGUUAUUAGGUGAAUUUUUGGAAUUUAAGCUCAGCUACCUACUGGUCUAGGGGGUAGAUGUUACAGGUAGAAGACAGAGGCCUGAGCCUGAGAUGUUUGAGUGGGUGGUUAUUGUUUAGAUGUAUUAUUAAUGGAUUCUAGUUUUUAAACUCUAAAAUCAAAUCAGGAUAUUUUAUUAGAAGUGGAUUUGGGUUGAACUAUUAAUUUCUAUAAGGGGUAUGUUUUGGUUAGGGAAAGUAGAACUGAAUUGCUAAUUCUUACUGUAUGCAUUAGUCUGCAGCAAGAGUUACAUUAAAACAUUUCAUGUUUCUAGAGGGUGUUCUGUAUGGGGGAACUAUUUCCUUCCUUACAUGAGGCAUAAGCCAAAGGUCAGUUUUGUUCAUUGCGGGAGAAAGAAUCACUUAAAGAAAUGAGUUCAUGUUCUCCAGAGUGUGCUGCUUGUCUUGAUUUUAAGAGCCAACACAGACAGCAGCUUUUCUGACUUACAGGGUUCUUCAAAGUUACAAAUGGACGACGUCACCAUUUUUGAUGCUGAAGCCAUAACUGUGGUUAUGCUGCUAAGUGGACUGGAUUUUAACUGAGUAUAUUGGUAUGAUUUGGUUAGCAGAUUCUGUGCAGUCACUAGACUUUAAUAAUCCACAACUCCAUCUCCUGGUAAAAGCAAAUGAUUCUUUUAGAAUUUAAUGGAAGCAUUUUCUGUCCAUUCAGCUUCCUGGAGGAGAUGUGGUUUGACUGGAGUUUAAAAGCAGUUCACCUCCAUGUACAGUCUCCUCUGGAUUGUUACUUUCUGUAGACACGCAAAAUCAGCUGAAGUAUUUUUUAAGGGCAUCUUGUUUAGCCAAGGAAGCUAGUAGCAUUUGUGUAUCUUCUUCCAGUCUCAAUGUAAACUGCUGUUGGUCUUUAGCCAGAUGUGUGAGCUCAGUAUUCAAGAUGGGUUUACUAUCACUCCGAAGCCUCUCCAUGCCAAACCCGAGCUGCUAAUGGCUUGUCUGCCUGGAGACCCCAGACCGUGCUGAUGCAGCUAGUGUGGGAAAUAGUUCUGCACGACAGUGAGCAGCGGCAUAGCCACUGCCUGUGGGACAUGCUGACUGUGUUUGGCUGGUGGUUUAUGCCCUUUUGAAGUUGGCUUUCUGUGUCCCAGCUGGCUGCACAGCAAGGUGGGCCACCAGGGGUUUUGGGACGCUGUGGCAACCGGACAGCUGGGCUCCAGGUGCCACCUGCCUUCCAAGUCCAACAGUUUUGUUCUCGAGUUGCUCUUGUGGAGUGUCUGGUUUGGUUCUUUAUGUGGCAUUUUGUACCUUUCUUUCGGCAGUGUGUGGUCCAUUUAUAAGUGUUUUUAUAUUUCCUUCCUUAACAAAUGUGGCUUCUGUAUUUCUGCUACAAAAUAUGCAACGAGGUGGCGAGCACCAUGGGGCGUGUUCUUAAGCACAGGCGCUGUACCACACAAGGGUCAAUAAAGUUCACAGAAAAUGA